AUGAAGUCUGCCGCAGCCUUGGUAGGGACUCUCCUCAGCGUGGCCGCUGCCGCUCCGGCAUCCCGUGCCGCCAGCGAGAGCCUGAUUGUUGACACGGCACCGCAGUACGUGCGUCCGUACGUACUGCCGAAAUUCUCCGGGCAAGCCGUGGCCGUAGGCCAGCAGAUCUACCGCUUCUCGGUCACGGGCAACUCGUCUGACGGCGCCUUCACGCUGAUGCAGACCAACGCGCCGUCAUCGACCAGCCUGGGCGUGCUGCCGCACAUCCACAAGGAGCACUACGAGAACUUCUACUGCACCAAGGGACGAGUGCAGCUGUGGGCCAAGACCAACGCCACCGGCGAGGCCGCGCGCGUGCUCACGCCAGGAGACUACGGCGCCGUGCCUCACAACACCAUCCACACCUUCCAGAUAACCGACCCGGACACGCAGCUGACGGGCGUCAUCCAGCCCGGCGGCUUUGAGGAGCUCUUCAUCGCCAUCGGAGACGGGGCCUACAACUCGUCGACCGGCUCCGCCUUCGUGCCCGCCGCGUCCAACAGCUCGUCCGGCGCGGGCAGCUCGGCCGGCCUCAUCUCCGCCCUCGAGUCCUUCGACGUCUUCGCCCAGCUCGACUUCUCGCCGCGCUACGACUUCGUCAACGGCAGCGCCGGCGCCAGCGGCAACUGGCACGACGGCUCCAACGCCCUGGCCAAGGACGCCUACACGCCAAACUUCGUCGCCAAGGGCUACGGCCCCAAGUACCUCAACGUCGAUGACGGCGUAUACCGCGUCAUUCAGCCGCUCGUCACCGGCACCCAGAGCGCCAGUAAUUUCACCAUGGGCACCAUCACCAUGUCCCCGCUGCUCAGCAACCAGACGGCCUCCGAACAGAACCUGGGCCAACACUUGGCCUUCCAGAUGGAGGAGGGCCAACUCGUCGUCGCCGUCGACGGCUAUGACACAGUCAGCCUGAUCCAGGGCGAUGUUGUUUUCAUUCCGGCCGGCACCUCGUUCACCUACCACGCUUCGGUCCCCUUCACCAAAUUCCUGUAUGUCAGCGCCGGUGGCGACGGCCUCGACUACCAGUUGCUGCAAAAGAGUGUGUCCUGGGACUACACUACCUACCCCACUUACGCUGGCUAUACCAUCUAA